AGGUGGUCUAUUGGGCUUCUGGCUAAAUCUCGUGACUUUAGAGAGACCGUGAUCCAUUAAUAUUCCAUUUGCAGGAGCGUUGUCUAUACCUGCUCCUCUCUUACAGAUCGGUGGUAACCAAUACGAAAACGACAUCUCUGCCCACAACACGAAGUGGAUCGAGAAUAUAUCCGACGAUACACUUCAUUCGAUCGUCGUCUCUGGAAUCGGAAGUCACGGUAUUCAAUCUGUGAGGAAGUUACAGUGGCCAAAGACAUGGGUAUAUGCAUGGAUACAGGUAGAAAUCAACUAGGCCUAAUUAAUGGCCAAGACAUAAAUGCUAGUCCAACUACCUUUGGCUCAUGGCCGAGACAACUGAACGGCUCAUUGCGGUACCAGCGUAUACAACCGCAAACUCGAACAAUGUCUGAACCAAUCAUGGUUGUCAGCGAGAAUGUAAAAGAAGCUGGCACCAUAAUGACUGAAUCAUCUAGUUCCGGUCCAGGGCCACCAAAGCGAAUUCCUCUAACACUUCAACGGAAAACCAUACCCAUCGAUACAAAUCCACCGGACAAUCCCAUCAUAUUUAUUUUAGGUGGGCCAGGAUCGGGGAAAAUAACUCAUUGCGACCGUUUAACUCGAAUUGAUGAUCGCCUUUUACACCUAAACAUGCAAGCGACAUUUUUGGAAGUAGCUUCGGAAAUUGGCAGUCGGGAUCCUAACAUCGUUCCAGCCUACAAAGCUCUGGAAAUUUUAAUUGAAAGAAUGUCUAACACAAAGGAAACGAGCGCCUUGAUCGUCACCGGAUAUCCUCGGAAUAUGAGAGACGUUGUUGAAUACAUGGCAAGGGUUCAACGUGUUGAUGGCGUUAUUCUUUUGGAUUGGAGUGACCGUAGUCUAGAGCGUCAAAUUCAGUUGGGCGCGAGGACUGGCGACAUAGAUAUCAAUUUAGCUCGUUUCGAAAUGACCAACUACAGAUCUAACAUUAUUCCUGUCGCUCAAUUCUUCGACCAACAAGGACAACUUCAUAUAGUGGCCGGGCAAAGAUCGCCGAGUGAAAUAUUCGAUGAUUUAGCUGAAGAAAUCAAUGGCAUUCUUUCACACUCGUGGGGCGGUGAGCCACCGGUUUCGCCAUACAAUAAAGAGAACGAUCGACCCGAAAGUGCUGCAAAGGACAUCGAUUUGGAGCCGGAAGAAACCAAAGUGGUCAUUCACACGUUGAACGACACUAACGUGAAACGCAAGCAAAGCAUCGACAGUGUCGACUUGAUGAUAGAAGAGGAAAUCAAACAUAUCACGGGAGAUCAGGAUGAUGAGAAAGAAGAGAAAACCCCAAAACCACAGGAUGAAGACGAGAUCAAGGUUGAAGAUGCCUAAAAUUAAGCCACUCAAUUAGCAAUUAGCUUUAUCCAAAAUCUGUUAAAAUUAAAAAAAAAAAAACCCUAAAAAAUAUUCAGCCCGCCCCGUCGAAACUUUGACAUUUCCUAAAUAGUCAUCACAUCUACAAAAAAUUUUAUCUCAUCUCUAUUAGGAAAUCGUUUGUUAAAUAUGUAAAUUAAUGAUAGGAACUAUUUGGAAUUUAACUAUUUAACUAGCAAUGUAACAUGGGUUUUGCAGCACAAUUUUUAGCUCUAUAUUAGAACUAAAGCUAUAAAGACGCGGCUGAGAUCGGUCCGUAAUAGACUACAUUGCACGGAAGCUUAUUACUUAAUACGUUGCAAAAUUUUCCGUUAUGAUUAAUUUCCGGUCAAUUUAUUAAUCACAGAUUAUUUGAUUAUUAAAGUACCGUAUUAGACUUCCCUCAUUAUGCCGAUGCUCAUAUCGAAUCUGUUCUUUUUUCUAAUCCACUUUCAAAUCAAAGUUAUAAUAUUGCAAUCAAUUAAUUAUCAGGAUCUGAUCGAUGUUGUACUUGUACGUAGCUUUCUUAUUCCGAACUUUUGGCAAAUCCUAAUUUUAGGUGCUCCAUUUGACCUUCGGAAUUCUAUUUAUUUAGUCGUCAGUAUAUAUGUUAAAUGUUGCUAAGCUCAUACAUCAUACUGUUUUCUGUUUCCCAUAAAAUUAGAAAAUAUAGAGCAGGUUAAACUAUGGAUUUGUGCAUUAAGUAGGAAUGGAAAACUAGAUAUGGAAUUAUCCGAUUGUCAUUUGGCCACACUUUCGUUAAUAUUUUACCACCGAUAGUGAAUUGAUGUGGAAAGGUAGCCAAGCCAGUCAACGAUCAAUGACUCACAGUCAACCGCACAAAAACGUAACGAUGGCAACAGUUAGAAACAUACAAGACCUGAUAGCUAGCUAUACUUCCUGGUGAUGAAAUCAGAACGGAUGUUACAGCCAAAUCACAAUCAAUACUAACUAUUUUAGUCUACUGACCUCCUCCUUUCCUACUUCAUGACUGAUGGGAUGUUUAUACCAUAUUUUUAAAUUCAAAAAAUUAGGAUGAUGGACUACAGACAUUUACGCACCACACUAUGUUCGUAAACCAGCAGGUUCACCGUAUGCCUUAAAAAUCAACAUUGUAUUUCAAUGAAGGUUGAUUGCAGAAAUAACGUACUGGUCUCAACAAAUUUAUAUUAGUCAUGCCUUCAACAACCGUUUUACAUAAAUGCUCUGUGAGAUCUCAAGGAAAUUAAAUUUUAAAUCCAAUCGAUUUAGAUUGAUCGAUUUAGAAAUAAAGAAAUAAGACCUGAAUUAAAUUUAUCCUUAGUAGGAAACGUAAUAACCUUUUAUAAUGUUAGCGCGAAAUUAUGAAAUUAACAGUAAACCCGUAAUAAUAAUAGCCACCCAUAUUGGCGGUCGAUUUAUUUCUAUAGUUUGAAGAAUUAAAAAAAAAAUAUAUGUCCCAACUUUGUUCAUCAUUAUGCCACAUCACAUGCUUGGUGUCUACACCUCGUCGCAGAUUAUUAAUCCAUUCCUUCAUUAAUAUGAUGACCAACACUGUCCUUUAAUUACUAUUCAAUCUAAUACACUUUUCUGUUUGUUGAUUUC